AUGACCCAGGCUACUAUCCAGAGUCUAUUUGCGAAACGGCCGGCGGCAAAGCCUGAUUCUGGAGAUGUACAGCCUCAUAAAAAGGCCAACAUAUCAAAGCUGUCAUCUUUCAGGGCAGGCGAGCCUACAGAUCCCGAAUUUUCCGCCAAGUACGCCGAGCGUCGCGCGAGGUUUGCCAGCACCAUAGGCCGCUCCAGAACCAAAAGAGGGACACCCGGUCAACGCAAACUUGACGCCGUUGGUGAGCAAUUUAUGGAACUCAAAAAUAAAAACCCCGACAAGCUCCUGAUUAUUGAGGUCGGUUACAAAUUUCAGAUCCUCGGAGCUGAUGCCGUCGAUGCCAGCCGCUGCUUUGGCUGGACGGCUAUUUCGGGCUGGACAACCCUAGAUGCAGGUGGCCCUCAAGACGCACUGUACAACCGGUUCGCUAUGGUGUCUUUUCCGACGGCCAAGUUAUCGUUUUAUACGCGCAAACUGGUGUCUAAGGGCUACAAAGUUGGCAUCGUCCGACAAAUGGAAACUGCUGCAAUCAAGGCCAGUGAGCGCCGCUCGGGGCCUAUGCGUCGAGAACUUGCUAAUGUUUACACGCAAGGAACCUAUAUUGAUGAAGAUUCUGUUGACGAUGGAGUGUCAGGCCACGUUCUCGCCCUCAAGGAGGACGUCAAAGGACAAAGCCAUCGUUUUUCAAUGAUCAGUGUCCAUUUAGCUACCGGAGACAUGGUCUAUGACGAAUUUGAGGACUCAAGUGUGGUUAUAGAGCUCGAAACCCGGCUAAUGCACAUCCAGCCCGCCGAGAUUUUGGCGGUUGGUCAAUUUUCGUCGGUCGUUCGCCGUCUCAUUGAUCAAAUUCAAUCCAGGGGCUCUGUUCGUGUCAUCACGGCAAAUGGAGAGUCUUCCGUCAAGGAGUAUUCUCAGCUUCAGUUGUCUCCAGCAUUACAAGAGUGCUCCAGAUGCCUGCUCUACUACCUCACAGAAUUUGGGCUCCAGACUGUUUUUCAACUACCAAACUUACAGCCAUUUAGCUUGCAAUCGCAUAUGCAACUCAAUGGCAAUACACUGACCAGUCUGGAGAUUUUUAACAACGUCACGGACUACACGGCCCGAGGAUCAUUGUUUUGGGUUCUUGACAACACAUGCACUGCUAUGGGCAAAAGACUUUUGAAAAAAUGGGUGGCCCAGCCGCUUCUUGACAGAAACAUGUUGACGGCUCGGGUUGAUGCUGUAGAGGAGCUGGUUGUGAACUAUAAUCAAGUGCUAGAGUCUGUGCGCAGUGUUAUGACUCGACUCCCUGAUCUCGAAAGAGCUUUGCUUCAAAUACACUAUGGUCGCAUCUCGCGUCGUCAGCUUUAUUGGACUUUACAUUUUUUUGACCGCAUCGCAAAAGCAACUACGCUGCCCUAUAUUCAGCACGCUCGGUUCAAAUCGCCAAUAUUGAUUGAUCUCCUGGAACAACUUCCGAAGAUUCGCGAUCUGGUCGCCGAAAUAUAUAGCUCUUUGAGUCCAACCGCAAAAGAGGGAGGUAAGCUUGAUUUUUUCAACCAGGAUCCUCCUGAGGUAACUGUACACAAAGAAGCGCUUGCUCAAAUCGAAGCAGAGUUUGACUCUUACCUUCAAACUGCUAAGCUCGAACUGGGUGUUGACUUAAAGUAUGUUUCCAUCAAUAUGGAUGAAUAUCUGGUGGAAAUAUCCAAGAGCGACGCCAAAAAGGUUCCAACGGAAUGGCGGAAAAUGAGUGGCACUCAAAAAUCAGAACGGUUUCGCACACCUGCCACUUUAGACCUUAUAAAGAGGCGUCUGUUAGAACAAGAACGUCUUGAAAUCGCUUGUGAUAAAGCUUAUUCUGAAUUCGUGGCCCGUGUUUCCCAGCACCAUACUCAACUUCGCUCGGUGAUUGUGACCCUAGCACAGCUUGAUUGCCUGAUGUCUCUUGCUGCAGUAUCGCGUAAAUCAGGCUACGUGCGUGUGGAUUAUGUCGACGAGCCUUGUCUUGAAAUCGUGGACGGUCGUCACCCCAUGAUUGAGGCUCUGAUUUCCACACCCUUCAUCCCCAACGACGUUUCAAUGUAUCCGUCCCGCUCACGGACAAUGAUUGUAACUGGGCCCAAUAUGGGUGGUAAAAGCUCCUACGUACGUCAGGUUGCUCUCAUUGCAAUCAUGGCCCAGAUUGGUGCCUUUGUACCGGCUAAAAAGGCACGAAUGAGCAUGAUGGAUGCCGUAUUCACGCGUAUGGGAGCGUAUGAUAACAUGAUGCGUGGAGAAUCCACCUGUAUGGUAGAACUGAAAGAAUGUAGCGACAUUCUGGCGUCUGCUACUGAACGAUCACUAGUGUUACUGGACGAAAUCGGUAGAGGUACCUGCACGGUUGACGGGAUGGCAAUCGCCUACGCAGUACUGGACUACAUGGUGAGCGAAAAGAAAUCGUUCACAUUAUUUAUAACACAUUAUCCCCUUCUGACCAAGCUGGCCGAUCUGUACCCCAAGAUUGUUACAAACUGGUGUAUGCAGUACGAAGAGAACAAAGAGACCAAGCUGGUCACUCUGCUGUAUAAACUAAUGGAAGGAGUUGCCUAUCGGUCGUAUGGUCUGAACGUUGCUCGGCUAGCCAAUGUUGACGACGCAGUGCUCGAAGUCGCGGCAUCAAAAAGCGCCGAGUUCGAGCGCCGGCUCGAAAACCGCAAAAUUGCAAAUAAGCUUUUCCAGCUUCUUUCAAAUUUGCCUUCCUCUAUUAAAGACCUGAAAUCGUACAUAAAAUAG